UGUCUCACAUUUAUACAUCUGGUGAAAUAUCUUGUCUCAUCUAGCUCUGAUUCAACUUUGGAAAACAAAACAGCGACAUGGAAUCGGAGAAAGAAGUGCAAUCAAUAGGAGAUGCUCCUGACCCAGAGGAGGAAGAGACGAGGCUGGUGGCAGCAGCCCGGGAAGCCAACCAUCUAACUGAGUUGAGGCUGGUGCUGUUGGGCUGGAGGUGGCCUGGGAAGAGCCUGACAGGCAACACCAUACUGGGCCACGAGGAGUUCCGCCUGGAGCGGGCGGCUGAAUUCUGCGUCAAGCGUCAGACUGAGGUGGAGGGGCGCCAGGUGACGGUAAUAGACACGCCGGGCUGGUUCUCGACACAGUCCACGCCACCAGUCUACCAGCAGGAGAUGGUGCGGGGCGCCUCCAUGUGCGGGCCCCUGGGCCCCCACGCUUUCUUGCUGGUCAUCCCUGUGGGCAUGUUUACCGAGGUGGACCGGGCCCGCAUCGAGGAGCACUUGGCUCUGUUCGGGGAGCGUGUGUGGAGGCAUACCAUCGUGGUGUUCACCUGGGCAGAUGUGCUGAGGAACAUGUCCAUCGAGAGGCACAUCAAGCGAGAGGGGAAGGAUCUGCAGUGGGUGCUGGAAAAGUGCAAGAUGCGGUACUUUGUCAUCAGCAACUACAUAUUUGGGGAGCACCCUCAGCUGCGGCAGCUUAUGGAGAAGAUAGAGAAGGUGGUGGCGGAGGAGGGCAUCUAUAACCCAGAGGAUGUGGAGGAGAAGAAACCUCUGGGCCAGAAUCAGAACCAAACCCAGAACCGGGAGCUUGGAGCAAGGCCCAAAGUGAAUUCUGCCGUAGGAUUGGCCGACAUGGACCCGCCCCACAAUUCAGUGGAUGGACUGACUGACUGAAGGAGAGCUGGUGAGCCACCGCAGUACUGAUUUCAGAGCUCUAUGUCCAUACGUUACCCCAACCUCAGGGCCUCUAUUCAUAAAGUGUCUCAGAGUAGGAAUGUUGAUCUACGAUCAGUUCCCCUUUUAGAUCAUAAUGAAUGGGUGGGGGGGGGGCGACUUGAUCCUAGAUCAGUACUCCUACUCUGAGAUGCUUUAUGAAUACAGGACCAGAUUCUUUUAAACCUUUAAGACUUAAUCUCUGUACCAUUUUAUAUAAAUAAUAGUUAUCUGUAACUGGAUGUAGGCUAACAUGAUCAGGGGUCACGUUAAUGCGGAAUUCUGCGUUUAUCACACCACAGGUGGGAAAAAAAGAUAAAACCCAUAGAUAUCUUGCUGUAUUUUGUAAACACAGAUCUAAAAUGCUUCUUGUAAUUGCUGCUCGGCAUCAGGCUUCUUUUUUUUGUUGCUUCAGUUGCAAUUCUACAUUCCAAUGAGAAUUCACGAAGGGGCAUUCUAUCAGAAAACAGCGCUCUGACUGAUGUGUAGCUACUUUUCUUCAGUACAUUUUAUCGGUGUAGCCUGCUUUUCUCUGGUAAAAUGUACGAUUAACUUCAAGCAAAACCUAAGUAAAUGAUGUGGCUGCCGGGCCAAAUAGCGUUUUACUUCUGUUGUCAUCUGAUGAUAAUGAAGCUAUUUUCUGCUGAAUGUGUGGCACUAAUAUAUUUUAUGUGAAGGAAAACUAUAGUUGCAUGUCCCUGAUCACUCUUGAAGCAACAAAAGAAAACUUUUAAUAUAAAAUAGGAACCUUGAUUUUGUGAUGGUCUGCGUUUUGAAAAUGUAGAUUUCUGAAAUCUAGCGAGAUCCCUGAUGAUGCUGUUCUUGCUUUUUGAGACUGUUAGGUCUACCUCGUACCUAUGACAGUUCUGAUGCAAUGAAUAUAUUUGGGGAUUUUAUUGUAUCUGAUUUGCACAUGAAGUAAGACGCAAAUCACAUUACAGUACCAGUCAAAAGUUUGGACAUCAACUCAUUCUAGGAUUUUCCUUUAUUUUUACUGUUUUCUACAUUGUAGAAUAAUAGUGAAGACGUCAAAACUAAACUAUGAAAUAACACAUGGAAUAAUGUAGUAACCAAAAAAGUGUUAAACAAAUGAAAAUAUAUUUGAGAUUCUUCAUAGGAGCCACAGCUUUGCACACUCUUGGCAUUCUCUCAACCAGCUGCAUGAGUUAGUCACCUGGAAUCCAUUUCAAUUAACAGUUGUUGCUUGUUUAAAGUUAAUUUGUGGAAUUUCUUUCCUCCUUAAUGUGUUUGAGCCAAUCAGUUGUGUUGUGACCAAGGUAGAGGUGGUAUACAAGAACAGCUCAAAUAAGCAAAGAGAAACAACAGUCCAUCAUUACUUUAAUACAUGAUGGUCAGUCAUUCUGGAAAAUGUAAAAAACUUAGUUUUUGCGACUGCACUUGAAGAAACUAUCAAGUGCUAUGAUGAAACUGGCUCUCAUGAGGACUGCCACAGGAAAGGAAGUACCAGAGUUACCUCUGCUGCAGAGGAUGAGUUCAUUAGGAUAGGAUAAGGUUCCCACAGUGAAGCAUGGAGGUGUGGGGAUGCUUGCUGGUGACACUGCCAGUGAUUUGUUUAGAAUUCUUGACACACUUAACUAGCAUAGAUACCAUGCUGCGAUAGGCCAUCCCAUCUGGUUCGUGUUUAGUGGGACUAUCACUUGUUUUUCAACAGGACAAUGACCCAAAACACAUCUCCAGACUGUGUAAGGGCUAUUUGAACAAGAAGGAGAGUUUGAAAGAAUGCAAGAGUGUGCAAAGCUGUCAUCAAGGCAAAAGGUGGCUACUUUGAAGAAUCUAAAAUAUAAAGUAUAUUUUGAUUUGUUUAACACUUUUUUUUUGGUUACUAUAUAUGAUUCCAUAUGUGUUAUUUCAUAGUUUUGAUGUCUUCACUAUUAUUCUACGAUGUAGAACAUAGUAAAAAUAAAACCCCUGGAAUGAGUAGGUGUGUCCAAACUUUUGACUGGUACUGUACAUUUAUACAAGAUUGAAAAAAGCCUGACUUUAGAGGUCAAAUGUGUACCAAUAUAGGCCCUGUAUAUCUACCGUUUUCUUCAUGAAGUGAGGAUCAUGGGAAAACUACUGUACAUGACAAGUCUCUGAGGCUGGGACAGAGACGAGGAAGUCCCUUAACCUAAUGUGUACAGCACAUGCUAGAUUGCGCUAUUAUGUUUUUGACAUUUUUAAUAAACGUUAAUGUGAAGGAAAAGUUUGUUAAAAGCUACCCCAAUUGUGACCAAAAAGUGUAUAGUGUUUUAUCAAGCACUUGAAGUGCAGGUACUGUUUUACUCUACUAGUAGAGAAUAUAUAUACAUAUCCUUGUCUGGGUUUUGUAUAUGGGUGUGAAAUGAUAAAUGUGCAUUUUUAUUUAUCAGGCUCAUGUAUCUGUAUGUAUCAAACCCUACCUUCUUUGCAAGGGAAUAGCUGCUGAAAAUGUGUUUUUAAAUGCAAGUUGGACAAUGAUAAAUCAAUGGCACAUUGCAUUUUAAUAUUAUAAUUGUGGUAGCUAUAUGCUUCCAUAACCCUCUGAGUGUGGUCUCUUAAUUAUUCAGAUUGGUAAUUUUAUGUUUAAUUCCUAACUAAUCUGUUGCAGUAUUGCAAUGUGGUCCAUGAUGAAGGUAUUGAUUUGGUUUCUUGUUUUGAAAAUUGCUUAUUUCUGUGGGUUGGGUUUAUUUAAAUCCUGCCCAUAUGCCUACAGCUGGCAGCACCCAAAUACUAAUCCAUUUGGAGCACAGCUGCAUGCGACCCCAUCAUAAUGCCAAUCCUCAAUUUGGUUUGACAUUUUAUAUUCCUAAAGGGCUAGUUAGGGAUCAUCAGUAAAUUACACAAUGUACAUGGGACAGUAUUUUUAAAAGUAAAUGGCUUUAAACUUCAAUGACUUAACCUCAAACCAAAUAUAUAAAUUGUAGAAAUGCAUGUACAACUAUUGAAUGCAUUUCAGACCACUAAAAGAUGUGCAACAUGAAAAUAUUGUCCCAUUUACAUAGUCAUUUAUUGUAUGGUCUCUAACUAUCCCCCAGAGGUAGGCUAUCCAAAGUCAAACCAAUUUUGCCACUGUCGCACACCAACCCGGCUGAAGCUACAGUAAUUGGUGAAAUAAUUUGCCUAACUCAUCACACCUGCAAACACACGAGACACCCACAUCAAUCCACACCCCGAAACAAACUCAGGUUUGAAUUCAGUCAUGGCUGCUAAGCAUUUCUUAAAUGAACCAAAUCUAAAUUGAAGCCAAAUCAAGAAGUGCAGCUGUCCUUUAGUACUGUGAAUAAAGAUGGAAAAGAUGUCUAUUAUUAUGUCAUUAUUGUAAUAAUUAUAAUUAUUAUGAUAUUCCUUUACUCUUUAUAAUUGCUUCCUAUACUGAGAAGCAAUACUAGUAGUAGUAGUAGUAGCUCCAUUCACUAACUAACAUCCAAUGAUGGGUAUAACACGGACUGUUUUCUAUGUUGAUAUUGUAUACAAACUAUUUUACAAAUAUAUUCAUAUUGGUGAUUUGUCUUGCUGUUACAUUGUAUUCUGAGAGUUACACUUUCAUGUAAGGGUUCUGAGUCAAUAAAAUAGAUAUGUGGUAGAAGGUGUCUUCUCUAGUCAGUGCAACUUAAGUUGUCUUUUGUUUCCAUAUAAUUGUUGUUUUGUUUGUUUGUGUGAACACCCUGUUAUAUCUUUUGCUGUAGUAGACAAGUCAAUUAAAAAAAAAAAGUAUCUAAAUAAAGUUCAUAUUUUGAUGAAAUGGA